UAAUUCACUUAUUCAUCCAAACUCAUUCUACGUUGCGUUGAUAACAUUAUGCGACACAAAUUCCUAGCUUCGCUUCUGCGUUCUCCACGAACACUUGUUGUAGCUGCGAAUGUGCGUUAUAGACACCCACUAAGUGUAUAUAGACAUUUCUUCUCAACGGCUUAAGCCGCAGUGUCCGGAUCGUGGAAACCUAUUACUUUUUUCCAAUUCUCCCGACAAACCUCUCUUGCUCUUCUGUGAACUUUCGCAUGUACAAAGAGACACGCUUGGCUCACUAAUACAAAUGGUCAGUGAAAAAAAAAACUUGCGCGCUGUUGUGUACGAAGGUUUAUGAAGCAGAAUUUUAAAAUUAUACCAAAAAUUCAUAAAACGAAGAAGACGGAGAUUUUUCUCAAUGUGGUUUGCACGGAGCUAGUGCGUACCGAGUAUCAAAGCAGUAUGGUUUGUUAUGGAAAACCAAUUCGAUAUCUUCCAAUAUUGUUAUCCUGUGUAAAUUUUACAUUUCAUUGCAGCCGAAACACGGUGAAACGCUUAAUCGGGUCCCAAAGAAGAGUCUUUCGUUUGAAAUCUCAAGUAGGCGUGAAAAUGCGUGCAUAAAAAUCUGCGAUAAAUCCUCGACGAAUAUUGGAUGCUAUUCGAGUAUCUUUGGUUGAGCGCAAUGGUGAUCUAUUUACUGGACAUUUGAAAAUGUUUAGUGGUCCGUGUUAGUGAGUGAUUGUCUGAUGAAGCUAAACAGGAUUAUCUGUUGUAAGAUGUUCUAUUAUAUAAUAUCCUAGAAAGGAUUCUCGUAGAAUAUAAUCCUACGUUUUCUGCGUUUAAAUCUUCGAUGAUUGGUGUUUGCAGUUGCUUGAGUAGCAAUUAUGUGACAUUGUGGAAUUCUAGAGUGAUAAAAAAUUAAGCUUGUGCUAAAAAUAAAAAGGAAAGCCAAAGUGAACGGAAAAUAUAAUAAAUGAGCACGGUUUCAUGUUGAUGUGAAGCAUUGGGAAGCAAUAGAAUGAGAUAUUGUCAUUGGAAUGAUAUCUCCAGUACAUCAUGAAUCGAAAAUCAAUGGCGAACAUAUUAGUUUUUCAACAUUUAGAGCUCAAAGUAUUGUUUACGACUACGGAAUUCAAUUUGGGCCUGCGGAUCAGCGUUAAAGAAUAGCCGUGAAUAGAUGUGAAACGAACAAUGAUCGUUAAAAAAUAUAAAAAGUGAUUCUAUUAUUUGUUAGAAAAAUGUUACUCGUUCACGGAUAAAAAUAAUUUUCGCAAUAAUAAAAUACUGCACCAGUGAGAAAUACAACAGGAGAGUCUUGACCUAUUCUAAAUAUACCUUUCAAGUUUGAUUUGUCUACUUAGACGAUUGUCGUGAUGGUUAUGAUGGAAUAUAAUUAUCCGCAAGACAAUAAUAUCGGUAUAUUCGUUUUGUGUUGACACGCGAGGCAAACGAAGAUUUCAUGUUCAGGUGUGUGCCACAUAGGAUUGGAUCAACUACUCGUUAUUGAAUUUAAUUCGUCAUGUCUGAGAAUUAUACCCGAUCCUGCUCUCAGUGAAAAUCAUUCAAUACUUGAAUUAUCUAAGAAAAGAUACGCAUUGGUUUAAGUGAUACUGUAUUAUACGAGUAUACUGUACAGUGCAUCAUGAUCAAGCAGAAAUCUGAAGAUAUGCAACUCGAAGGCCUGGAUCCGCUGGUAUCACCAAACAGUAAACGAAGAAAUGAGUCAACGUUACGACAACUUCAAAAUGACAUGAUGGGAAAAGCUCGAUCUACAUUGAGCAGUUUAGGCGAUGUUUUGAAAGGAAGUAAAAGUGCUCCAAAUACUCCAACUAGUGCAAGUGGAUCCGGAAAUGAACCAUUUUAUAAACAUUCAUCUAAUGAAAUGAACAUUGAAGAAACAGACCAACAGUUUGCUACUCCACCACGUAGUCCCAAAACUCAAAAAGACAAAAGUACUUUGGACUUUUUCCCGUGGUCUAAAGUCAAAGGUAAAGAAAGUUCAAAAAGUGUUAAAAAAGAGAAACUUAAGCCUCAACAAUCUCAGCUUAGUGAUGUUUACGAAGAAGAAAUUGAUGAGCUUCAAUCAUCUAGGUCGAAUUUCCCCAUAACGGGAGCAGUGAAGAAAAAACCGUUGACUGAUAACAUGCCUGCAGCUCGUCAUUUGUCCCAAAUCCAAAAACCAAAAAAUAAGUAUUCAACGGAGUAUUCGGAAAUAACUUCAGAAUACAGAGAUGAGCAUGAUCUGAGUCGAUCUAUGGAGGAUGGCAUACAGUAUAUACAUCGUGAUAACUUGCGCUUUAAUGAGAAGUACUAUGACAAUCGUCCGAGAUCGUAUAAUGAAAAAUACUCACAAAGUUACAAUCCUGUUUAUCAUACUCGAGGUCCUGCGGAACAGAGCGAUCAAUACGAAGAAGAUUUUAGCCAAAACACAAAAAGUAAUAGAAAAUCUUCCAACCCAUCUAGCCCUGCGCCAAUCAAACAUAUAUUAUUCAACGAGGAGAACGAUAUACUUUAUUAUAAAGAUAACCAAAGGCCUACAAAAACAAAAUCAUUAAGUGAACAUUACAGCAGAGAUAAGCAGAAGAAUAUUCCAUUCAAAACUUCAUCAACGAAAGAUAACAGAAAAUCACAAGAUUCAACCCCAUUGCCGAUCCGAAAGGCCUCAAGAGAUGAUAAACCAAUGAGUGCCGCAAACUUGUCUCAUGGAAAUCCAGAGCUUGUAUCAAAUAAAUCUGGCAUGAAGCCCUAUAGAACAGCAAUCAUAGAAGACAAAUCAAGAAUGAUUCAAAAAGUAGCUGUAUCUAAACCAGGAUUAUCUAGAGAUUAUUCAAUUGAUUACAGAUAUCCGUUGAGCGAUACGCAACUGGAUUCAAUUCCGUACGGUAAUACAACGGAUCAACGAACCGUACGUUCGACGCAAUUUACCAGUGAUGAUCUAAAUGAGAAAAGAUUCAAUAGAAAAAUAUGCUUUCAAGAACCAUCUUAUGUGGAUAAAACUAAAUGUGAUACACUUCCUCGCAGCAGAAAAAAUCUUAGAAAAAUAGAAUGCGACCAAAGUGUCAAUGAGUAUUUAGAUAAGGAAAUGUUGCGUCCUCGUAGCGGGAGUUUAGAUUCAGAUCUUGAGUCACAAGCAAUGCGUAUAGUAAGAACAGUCGGCCAAGCUUUUGAGGUUUGUCACAAGUUAUCUACACAAGAUAGUGGGGAUAACGCUGAUGAACACUCGGAAUUAUCUCACUGUGAUGUAUCCGAACAGGAUCGAAGCUUUGAUAGAAUUAGUGACGAGGGAGAAAUAAAAAAAGACACUAUAACAACACAUCAGGAAUCUCCACGACAAAUCAGGCCUACUCAUCUGGAUUUAGAUUCUACAACAAACCUUCUCUCAUCUCAACGGACUACCGAUCCUUCAGAAAUACUCAAAAAGACUCCUCUUUCUGCGUCAAAAGAACUAAUAUCACUAAAAGAGCAACUGGAUCAACAGCAACUCAAUACCAGACAAAUCCUAGCUCAAUUAAUGCUUGUGCGAGAACAACUUAUUACUGAGACCAAUACGAGAAUCGAGGCGCAGGCACGCAUUCAGCAACUGCUGCAGCAGAAUCGCGAAUUGCUUGAGCAUAUUGCAUCUCUUGGAGGAUAUCAUGAGCCUGAUCGACCUGCAAUAUCUACAACUGCUAUCGGAUUAGCUCCACAGUAUCCUUAUUUUCAGAGUAAUCAAAUGCUAAGCGAUAUACUUAACUUAGGUAACAUGGGUCACCAUUAUCCUCCAAUGCAUCAGUUUACCAAAACCAAUCAACCAACAGUGACUACAUUGCAACAAUCUCUAAAUAACCCUGGUAGUGGAAGUUAUUCAACACUCAACCAAUUACAUAAUAUACAAUCCUCGCCCAACAUGCUUGGCCAAACGGUUGGACCUCUUUCAACACAAGAGCUUUUGAAAUUGAAUCAAAGUAUAUUGAACCAAAUAACGAGUUCCAAUUUCAACUCCAUGUAUCCGACAUUGUCUACGGCAAACAUUGGAUCUAGUCAACAACAACCUAACAGUUUCAUGUAUGCUAAUCAGAAUGCACCUGGCUUCAGCCCACAAUCAGCUGCUACCGAAGGAGCCAAAUCACCUUCGUCAAAUAAAACAACGCACAUGGAUUUCCAACUCGGUUUAAAUGAUCAACAAGUGAACUCAUCCAACAGGCAAUUAGGCGAUGACAACAUAUUACAUAAAAAUGAUCAACGUGAUGGCGAAAAUCAAACACUCGUGAACGAGCCAACACAAUUCAUAAAACCACUAUCUCAAGUUGGGACCCUAACAACAAUGGAUGCUGAUGGAAAAGUUAAAGUAAUUGUACCUGUUAACGCUAGUGAACAAGUGGAAGUUUCCAAAUCACCAAAUAGAAAAUCAGCAUCAUUUUUGGAACUUUCGGGCAGUGCAUGUAACGAUGGAAGUAGUAAAAAUGUGUCUAUACUCAAAGAACCAAAAGAGAAGAAAACUUCCAUUCCAAGUUUGGUAACAUUGAAAGUGACAGAUGAAAGCGGAACUGUUACUCGCAGGCUACCUGCAACACCAAGCUUCAUUACCCGUAGUACUAGUGAAAAAGUUCCAAAUCGUAGUCAAAUAAUGAGCCAAGUUCAACGUACACAAUGGGCCCGUCAUACUACGAAGUGAAAUGUCGGUAAACAUGGAGGAAUGUUAAGCAAUAAGGAAUGGUGUAUUAUAAUUGAAAAUAAAAAUGAAAAGUAUAAUAAGUGAACUAAAAGUUGACAUAUGUAUAAGACACAGUAAAAUGAUCAUAAAUUUG